ACCAUAUCAUAUGACACUGUACCCGCUGACAGUACUUCCGCCCUCUCCCGCCAACGUCAGCCCAUCGUCUCCAGAAUGCCUCCGGCCGCCGCAUUCUUCCCCGGCGACACUGUCGAGAUCGCAUCAAAUGACGAUGGGUUCCAUGGCUCUUGGUUCACUGGCAUCGUCGUCCGCCUCCUCUCUGCUCCUUCCUCCUCGGGCCGCCGCAAGGCCGCUGGCAAAGCCACCCUUAGGUACUUAAUUCAGUUCGACACGCUCUUCGAGGACGAGGCCGGGACCAAACGGCAGACGGAGGUGGUCGAUGAGUAUCAGAUGAGGCCCGUGCCUCCGAGCGAGCCGAGGAGAGCGUUCAAGCUCGGGGAGGAGGUGGAUGCGUACUACAACGACGGCUGGUGGGAGGGCUCGAUCACGGAGGAGCUGGGCAGCGGGAAGUUCGAAGUCUACUUUAGGGCAUCAAAGGAGUCUAUACAGUUCAAGAGCGAGAGAUUGAGGCUCCACCGUGAGUGGACCAAUAACGCUUGGUUCCCUCCUUUCGAUGAGGAAAAGAAUGCUUUCGGCCGUCGCAUUCCUCCCUGGCGAUGACGUCAAUAUCACAUCGAACGUCGAUGGGUUCCGCGGCUCCUGGUUCACCGGCACCAUCAUCCACCUCCUUUCCACUCCAUCAUCCUCGGGCCACUGCAAGACCGCCGGCAAAGGCUUAAUACGUGUGAUUAUGGACACCUUAUGAAAUUAUAAGUUAUACAGCUCUGCACACGAACUACUCAGAGCACAUUUGGUCGGGCUGAAUGGCAAUUCGGAUCUGGCCUAACUACAUCUCAAUUGCCAUAACCACGCUUGGUUGUUAUUUUGAAAAAGAAUUGUAAUUUGGACUGAAUCACUAUUCCAAAUAAUCAUUGAAUUACCAUUCUGGACUGGUUGAAACAAUUCGGAUCAAAUCUGAUAUAUGUAUAAAGAACCACAU